AUGGCAGCCUCAAUGCACGCUUUGUCGCCCUCACUAGCUCGGAAUCUUUCUUCUUCACGGCAAUCCUCCCCUCGUCAGUCCGCCAUGGCGCCCAGGGCGCCGCCCACUAUGAAUCCAUGGGAGGUGAACGCCCUCAACUAUGAGUUUCCUGAACAGGGUUCUCUAAACCCCGAUGGCACCAUGGUAACAUCAGCUACCACCUGGCGCCAAGUUCAAGAUCCCGUCAUAUACCCGGGUCUUUACGCUCCCAGCGGGAUUGAUAUAAUGACGGUCCUGCUUCGCGUCGUUGGACGGCCAAACCCUCAGGUCGAUCUCGGUCCCGUCGACUGCUCUGUCGCCCUUGUCCUCUGUGACAUGCUCCAGGCCGACGCUCCCAUCAUCUACGUCUCCGACUCCUUCUCCGAGCUUACCGGCUACUCUUCCCAUGAGGUGAUGGGUCGCAACUGUCGCUUCCUGCAAUCCCCUCCAGGAGGACAGCGAGCCUCUAAGAGGAGCUCGGACAAGUCUGCCAUCCGUCGCAUGCGUCAGGCCGUGUUCUCCGGGCAGGAGAUUCAGCUGCCCGUGACCAACUACAAGAAGCACGGCCAGCCCUUCAAGAACCUCCUGUCUAUCAUCCCGGUUCCGGUGGAUAGCAGCGGUUCUCAAUACUGUGUUGGUUUCCUUUGUGAGACAGAUUAA